AUGUCAUUUGUCGGAGGAGGAUCAGAGUGCGCUGUGGGCAGCAACGCAGUUUCGCAGCUCAACAAGCACACCCAGCAGGACAGAUCGUUGCAACAACAAACUGCGCAACAAGGAGGAAUCAUCCAGAACCAAGGGUUCAAGAGAGACAAUUUGAUCAACGCCAGGGACAGACACAACUUGGACCAGUUUAUGAACAGUGGCCCUCAGCAGGCGGACGCUUUUCAUUUCCAGCAAAUGAGGCACGAACUAAGCGGGAUGCAACAUCGUCCUGGGCCGCAGCAGCCUCAGAUGAAUUGGUCGCAGGAUUUCACACAGCAGGCUGCGUCGCCUGUUGCAAGCAACGCGAACCCAAUCAAUUCACAGUGGGCCAGCGAGUUCAGGUCUGCUUCUCCGCAAGUGCAGCAGGCUCAGCAGCCAGUUCAAGGCUCAAACAUACAAACCAACGGCGGCUAUAAUCAGUACAGGCCCAUGAUGGCGAUGGGGAUGGGCACGGGCAUGGGCAUGGGCAGUUACCGCCCAAUGAUGAGUAUGUCGCAUCAACAGCCUCAAGCGCAAGCUCAAGCUCAACAACAGGAACAGAGUGCUUCGCAACAAGUUGACUGGGACGACCAGUUUAAAAAAAUUGAGGAACUCUCCACCUCGGAGCUCAAUAAAGAACAAGAAGAAGCUGCCGCCGUGGCUGACGACAAGGACGAUAUCGUGAUUGACGACAAGUACCAAGCCACCUUCCAAGAGGUGUGGGACAGCUUAAACUCGGAGGCGUUGGAAAACGACUUGAUUGAACAGCAGUACGAGGAGUUCAAAAACACACAAAGAGAACCUUUCCCAGCGGACAUGAACCAGUGGGAGAGGGAUUUUGCCAAAUACGCUUCAACUAGAGCCCAUUUCGGCGACUACAAAUUUGAAGAGAAAACCCAAAACCAGUUUUUGGACUUGCCUGCUGAUCAAGACCCCUACGAGAUUGGAUUGCAGUUGAUGGAGAACGGCGCCAAGUUGUCUGAAGCUGCUUUGGCUUUUGAAGCUGCCAUUCAAAAGAACCAAAACCACGUGGAUGCGUGGUUGAAGUUGGGUGAAGUGCAAACUCAAAAUGAAAAAGAAGUUGCCGGAAUCUCAGCGUUGGAGAAGUGUCUCGAGUUGCACCCAGAAAACUCCGAGGCCUUGAUGAAUUUGGCCAUUUCGUAUAUCAACGAAGGCUACGACAAUGCUGCGUUUGCAACGUUGGAAAGGUGGAUAUCGACCAAAUACCCCGCCAUUGCUGAAAAGGCAAGACAAGAGCACCCUGAAAUCACCGAUGAGGACAGGUUUUCUUUAAACAAGAGAGUAACCGAGCUUUUCCUUAAAGCAGCCCAGCUAUCGCCAGACCAGGCAAGCAUGGACGCCGACGUCCAAACGGGCCUUGGUGUAUUGUUUUACGCCAAUGAAGAUUUCGACAAGACCAUUGACUGUUUCAAAGCGGCCUUGACUAUAAGACCCGACGAUGCCGUGUUGUGGAACCGACUUGGUGCGUCUUUGGCCAACUCCAACCGGUCGGAAGAAGCCGUGGAUGCAUAUUUCAAGGCGUUGCAGUUGAAGCCAACGUUUGUGAGAGCAAGAUACAACUUGGGCGUCUCCUGUAUAAAUAUCGGCUGCUACAAGGAAGCCGUCGAGCAUUUACUUAGUGGUCUACUGAUGCACCAGGUCGAAGGAGUCGAAGGAAACGGAAGCGGAACGUUGAACCAUAACCAAUCAACUUCGUUGACUGAAACUUUGAAACGGGCAUUCAUUGGUAUGGAGCGGAGAGAUUUGGUGGAAAAAGUCAAGCCCAACAUGGAUUUGAGCCAGUUCAGAGGCGAGUUCAAUUUUUGA